UGUCAUUGUCAAAAAAUAAUGUGGAAAUUAUAAAUUUAUAAUAUUAAAGUUUUUAUUGUAGUGUCGCCUCUACAUGGUGUAAAUUAUUUCGUUAAUAGUAAUAUUCAUCUAUCCAUCAGGAUGGCUGAAGACUUAAGAAACUAUAAUUUACAAUUACAGCAGGUUGAAGCGGCACUGUUAACAGACCCUCAAAAUGAGGAGCUCCUGAAAUUGAAAGGCGAUUUGGAAGAAGUAAUUGAGUUGACCCAAGAUCUUAUAAAAACACAGGAAGGUGAAUCUAAAGCCACGAAUAUUCAUGGUUCUAGUAAUGAUGAUGAUGUUACAGCGUCGCUGUUGGCUGCCGAGGAGGAGGCGGAGCACGCUCCCGCUCAGUGGCAUGUUGGAGACAAAUGCCUUGCCAAGUACAACACUGAUGGAAUGUUUUAUGAAGCAACUAUUGAAGAAAUGACAGCAGACAGCUUAAAAGUAAAAUUUGAUGGUUCUACUUCAUUAGAAACAGUUUCUGUGUAUGAUGUUAAGCCAGUGGGCUCGGGACUGAAAAGAAGAUUAAGUACAGAUGAAAGCAAGCAUGGAAAAGGCUACAACAGAGAAUAUUUAAAAAAGAAAAAGCAGAAAAAACAACAAAGAUUUAAACAAAUUGAGGAAGAAAGAGAGAGUGAAAAAAAUAAAUGGCUAUCAUUUCAUACUAAGGCAUCCAAAAAGCCGGGAGUUCGAACUAAAAGCAUUUUUGCAUCUCCUGACAAUUUGACUGGUAGAGUUGGUAUUGGUACUUGUGGUAUCUCUGGCCAGCCUAUGACUAACUACACGCCUGGUGAAAAAUGGAAGAAGGGGGGAUAGUAUAGGUACAAUUGUUCAUUUCCCAUUUAGUUUUAUUUUAUAGUAAUUGUCUCCUGACCUGAUUAUGGAUUUAUAAUAAAAAAUUUCAAUAC